UAGACAUGAGUGACAUAUGUACUAUGAUGGCUUCCCAUCGAAACCAAACACAAUUUUGCAUCAAAGUUUUGAAGAAAUCGAUGAGUGAAUUGAAAGAUAAAAGAAGGCAGCGAGGAGUCUCUUUAGAAGUCGCUGUUCUCCUAUAAAGAUCUUUCUGUAGGAAGGAACUUAGAAAUUUCAAAAGACGUUGAGUCAACAAAAGGUUCAGACAUGUCUUAUAUACCUCCACAUAAGCGACACUCCAAGGAUCCAGACAGACCUUCUCCUGUUCCAGAUUCUCUAGCUACAAAAUUCAAGAAGAACCUCCACUUUAACGCUAGCAGCAGUGACAAACGCGACCGUAUCAUAUACUCAGGAGAUUCCAUUACCAAAUGGUUUCUGAUUGGCUCCAAUGGAAUUGAAGAUGAGAUUCCUCUAUCUGCUAAGCUUGUCCCCUUGUCCUCUGAUUCUGUCCUAUGCAAAAAAGGAAUAAAGCCUUCAAUACUGAUGAGCAUCAAUGACCAUAAUGAGAGUAGAGAAGAAGAAGAGAGAACUAGAUGGCUGUUAAUAGCAGAGAAGGUCCAGGAGGAUCUUGUGUUGGCAUAUGAACGAGCUAAGACUGCAAUGGAUGGAGAGAAUCAUGUAUUGAGAUUGGUUACUAGCUUUGGUAACAAUUUCUUCUAUGGGCGAAAAUCCUCUAAUAAGAUCUUCUCUACUGAUGUCCCAACUUCUUACUUAAACUACAUCAAGUCUAAGCUUGUACCAAGACAUGGAUUCUGUAUUGACUUGGAGAAGGAAAGAUACACUGUGAAGGUAUCGCAUUAUACUCGUCCCAAUGAAACCAUUAACUGCAAGUGUACUGUUAAGGAAGAUGGACGGCUCAGUAUGUACAAGGUUGAACAUAAUCAGAUAAGACAUUUGGUUGUUGAUGUAUCUUGCAUUGAUAAGAAUCUUGACAUGAGGCUAAUGCUAGCUGCCAAAAGGAAAAUCACUUCUCUCACUGAGAAAGAGAUAAGUGACAUCAAAGGGCUGCUUGAUUCAGCUACAGUUGAUCCAAAUGUAAAAGGUGGUUUAAGGUGGCCCUUUGGUAAAUCUUCAUCUGGGGAUGGAUACAGUGUCUUUGAAUCUUGUCAUGUUAAAGCUACAGUUUACAAGAACCAAACUCUAAGGCUUAGGGUGAGAGAGACUGAUAGAUACAAUGAGAGGAUUGGAACGGGGGAAGUCAAGAGGGAGGUGAUUCUGAUGCUUAAAGACAUGAACACUAAGUUACAGGAGCAGAACAUUGAUAGGGGUUGUGUUUUGGAAAUGGUCAGAGAUGUUCUUGGAACCUUGUGGGACUUCUUGCAUUGUGAAGCCUAUCUUACAUGAUAAAGAACGAUAUGAUGUUGAUGGUGCUGUUGAAUUUCUCACUCUCUUUUCGAUUCUGUUGAGCUUUUUGGUACAAUAUAUAUGCUUUUUCAAAGUUUCUGUGUGGGUUGUGAAAAAUUAGACCUGUUGUCCUAAAACGAAUAGAACUUGUGCUAUUGCCUUUAUAUUUUGCAUUCAGCUGCUUUUUGUUGGUGCAUAACGUUUGUGUCUUAACGUUGAAGUCAUCUUCUUUUUUU